UUUUUCGCAUCACUAUACAAGAAAGAACAAGAACAAUAAUCACACUCGCAAAUCACGCCCUCGGUUUUGCCUCCGCCCACACCAGCCAGCACUACCGAGUACAUCUGACAAAACCCACCCCCAACACCAACCAUACCGGAUUCCUACGACCGACACCCCCAGAGACGGCAUUACUCUCCCAGAUUCCCUGCGACUGUGUCAUGUCAAGUUCGUACUAGAAACACGACAACGAAUCACCAGGAAAAUACCUCGCCGUUCCGCUUCACAACAAGUACUCCCGCGCUUCAGUUGCCAACAUGUCGGUCGAAAUUGAUCCCCAGGAGCUCGGCUUUCACCGACCCUUUACUACCGAGGUUUCGGAGGUGCUGAGAAUCAGGAAUCCCAACUCCGCCCCUGUCGCUUUCAAGGUCAAAACCACCGCGCCCAAGCAAUACUGUGUCCGACCAAACUCGGGUCGAAUCGAACCCGGCAAGGAGGUGGAGGUGCAAGUUAUCCUCCAGGCCAUGAAGCAGGAGCCUCCGCCCGACACAAAAUGCAGAGACAAGUUUUUGGUCCAGGCAGUUGCCAUUGCUGCCGACAAGGAAUUUAGUAAUCUGGCAGCCAUCUGGGAUGGUGUCGACAAGUCUCAGGUUCAAGAGAAGAAGAUCCGUGUCGUCUUCCUGCCUCCUGGUGGCGGAGCAUCUCGCGCUACAACCGCUGAACCCCAACUGGCCACCCCCCAAAGAGCCUCUUUGGCUAAUGGCCACGAAGAUACCCCCGAUCAUGCGCCACCAGCAUACCAAUCACCGAACGACUACGCGCACUCCUCUCCGAAGCCCGAGUCGUUCAAGCAGGAGGAGGAGGAGCCAGCUUCGACCUCCGCUCUGGGUAGCGUAGCUGCCACUGUGUCCACCAAAGCUUCCGAGACGUACGAGGAGCUGAAGGCGCAACUCGCACAGGCCCAGCAGACCAUUACACAGUUGACCAACGACUCAGCUGCUGGUUUGAGACAGCGAAAGCCCGUGGCCGGAGACUCGGCCUCUACCACAUCACAGCCCGCCGGCCAACUGGCCCAACAGGCGCGGCAAGGGACUGAGGGCGUGCCUGUGAAGAUCACGGCCAUCCUCUGUCUUGUGAGCUUCUUGCUGGCUUACCUUUUCUUCUAGUGGACAGAUGUACGUCUGUCAAGGUUUCUUUGGGCUCUACAUCAACUUUUGACGCAAGUCAAGGACAAACUCAUUGCUUGAUGUACUGGAGACCUGAAAGGCAAUAAUCAUAUCGCUUGUGUGGGUGAUUACCGGGAAGCGAAAUACUGCUAAAGGUUUAAAUGGGUAUUGGCGUAGAUAAUGACAGCAGCCAAGCAUCGUCUUGAUUUACUGCUGGUUACGAAUCAGGAGACUACACUUACUUGUACUCUAGUCUGUACCGUUUCAUUUGUCUAGCUUUCAUGGAAUUGAUUUUAAGAUCAUGCUUUACGGAGGUUGCCUUUUCAG